CCCCUCAGACAGAACACAACACAGAACAGCCCAAUCGACAGACUCCGGAGGGGCACCCCGCGCGGUUAGUCUCGAGAAGCUUCCGCUCGGAGACACGAGGCAGGGUUAGGGUUUCGCGUCCUCCCGUCGUCAGCCCCGGCCAUGUCCGGACGCGAGGUCCGCGAGUACACCAAUCUCAGCGACCCCAAAGACAGGAAGUUUGGGAAAGGGAAGGACAAGAUCGACGAUGAGGACAUCACCUUCCAGCGCAUGGUUGCAAAGGGAUUUUGGCUCUCUACUCGGUGGUUGAUACCAACAGAUGCAAGAGGUUGCUGGUGAGAGGGGAGGCUACCUUCAUGGGCGAGGAGCAUUGGACAGCGAUGAUUUGCUUUACCUGAAAGAGCAGAUGGAAGCUGAGGAAGAUGCCGAGCGUCUUCUUCGUCGUACGGAGAAGCGGGCAUUUGCUGCUUUUAAGAAAGCAGCAAUUUUAGCUGAUUCUACACCUGCUGUCCCUGUGGCUCUUCGUGUUGAACCUAAACCUAAAAGUGAUAUAAGGCAACAAGAUCUUUUGAAGAACAUUGUUGGGAUCAAACCAAAGCGACCAAAAGUUAGCAGCCCGUCACAGCCAACAGAUAGCAAUAAGCCUAAGCAUGGGGAAGAAGAUUCUGUCAGCGAGUUGUCUUCAUCGCAGAACCAGUCGGCCUCGGGACUACUUGUGGGUGAGAAGGGAUCAUCUCAUGGGAUUGUGAAUCCUGACCAUACAGCGCCAAGGCUAGAUAACCCAAGAGAGGUGAAGCAACAGAACACAGCUGGAAGUUUGCUUGGUUUAGCUUAUGAGAGUUCGGACGAAGAAUAGUUGAUCAUGUGAGCCCUAUGGGAACUGGACUAUUUACUGUCAGAUGUCUGCGUUCCAAACGGCAAAAUGUAGAUUGUAUAUUAGUUUUUUUAAUGUACUAUCAUUAGGUUGUGUUUUGCAUCAGGAUUGAAUGGAAAGCUGCGUUAAUGUUGCUAUGCUGCUACUCCCCUACUAUCUGUUAAGCGUUUUUACAUUCCAUUGCCGUAGAAGGUCAACGCCAAA